GCUGUGCAGUUCUUUUAAGAAGAAAAAAAGAUGUUUUGUUUUUCAUUUUCUCAACAAGAAUUGAGUUGUGCUUAGGAAUACGGUUAUGAUCAAAUUGCUCAGCAACAGAUGAGUUGUUUUAAAAAGAAUGCUUCAUAGUCCUUUUUAAGAGUGCUUUAUAUGAGCUAUUUAAAUUGUUCCUUAUUUAUGGCUGAGGUUUGUGUUGAAGAUUUCUAGUACAAUCUCUUAACCCCAGCUAUCACAGUUCUGGUCUUUUUUACAGAAGUUUCCAGAAGACUGUCAAUGUGUGGAAUUUGGAAUUUUACUGUGCAGGUUUACAGUAAAUACAUGCAAAAGUCUGAUUCCCCUUCCACAUAGCUCCAAGAGUGUUGUUUACACAUAUUGCAUGUAAUUCCUAUGUAUAAUAUUCACAUAUACAACUUGAAAUAAGCAGCUUUUCAGUACUGAGGUUUGUCCGUUCCUUAUUUUGCUGAGGAUCUCCCUAUGAAUACCUUAAAGCACAAUCUGUCUCUUACAUUUUUUUAGUUUUAAGAUCAAUUUUGUAAAUAUUGGAAAUGUUUGUAAAUAACCUAUAACAUUUUAGCAGAUAAACUAAUGAACAAUUGUGGGAGACAGUGGCUUAUUUUGGACCACUUAAAUCUGAGCUCAGAGUUAUAAACUAUUGUCUGCUUUGGGGUUCCCCUCCCCCCUUUUAUUUACCUCGACCCUAACAGGCAACUAAAAAUAAUCUUCAAGAACCUGGUAUAGGGAAUGACUCAGAUAGUUCAAUAAAUUAUUUUGCAAGGACUAACAUUUGUUUUGGUUGUUUGAAAUUAUUUUGAAGGCAGGAGAACAGACUUACUGAUAACAUUCCAUUGUUGAACAGAAAUUUGUUUUGAAGAACAUGGUUGCAUAAUUCAUGAAAUAAACCUUAAGUUUUAGCCAUCUAUAAUAUGGCUUUUUAGUAUGGUACAAAAGCUUAGCCUAGUUUAAAACAACAGCUCAGAACAACUCUAAUGAGAAGUAACAUACUUUCAUUAACCAUAGAAACUAUAGGAAACAAUUGCCUGCUUAUUAUAUUCCGCGGACCUUAUAGGCGUUACGGAAACCUGGUUGGGCACUGAAGGGGGCGUGCCCCUUCUGGAAAUGUGCCCACCGGGUUUCCGGGCACUUCAUCAGCCGAGGGCUCAGGGUAGGGGUGGGGGAGUGGUGGUUGUUAUUAGGGAGAGCCUAGAGCCGAGGGAGACCACUGUACCUCAGAUUGCCGGGUGUGAAUCCCUCUUUGUGAGGUGGGGUCAUAGGUGUCAGAUGGGCUUGUUUGUCGUGUACCUGGCUCCUUGCUACGUGACAGCUGCCCUGCCCGAGCUCCUGGAGGUGUUGGCUGGGGUGGCGGUGGAGACCCCCAGACUUAUUGUCAUGGGGGAUUUCAACUUGCCAUCUUCCGGCACAUCAUCGACAGCAGCUCGGGAGUUCAUGGCUUCCAUGACGGCCUUGGACCUGACUCAAGUAGUUGAUGGCCCUACUCACACUGGGGGUGGCAUGCUGGACUUGAUUUUUAUCUCUGGUCAGUGGUUGAAGGAUCUGGACUUGAGGGAUGUAGUCACGGAACCUUUGUCAUGGUCAGAUCACUCUCUCCGUCUAGACUUUCUGACCGCUACUCACCGCCGCAGGGAGACGGAACCAAUAUGUUGGUUCCGUCCCAGGCGCCUGAUGGACCCGGAGAGGUUCCAGACGGAGCUUGGGCCGUUUCCUGAGGGUCUGGCUCACGGCACGGCUGAGGAACUAGUCGCGGCCUGGGAACGGGCCGCGGCUGGGGCUUUAGACCGUGUCGUGCCUUUGCGGCCUCUGACCCGGCGUAGAUCCCAACCGGCUCCUUGGUUCUCCGAGGAGCUGAGGGGGAUGAAAUGCUGGAGAAGACGCCUAGAGAGUUUGUGGAGGUCCAGUUGUUCAGAGGCUGAUCGGACACAAGUGAGGUCCUAUAGUAGGACCUACCUUGUGGCACUGAGGGAAGCGAGACGUUGCUACGGCCGGGCUAUUUACGGGACCGCCUGCUGCUACCGAAUACCUCUCACCGACCCGUGCGCUCUCACAGAGAGGGACUCCUCAGGGUGCCGUCAGCUAGGCAGUGCCAUCUGGCGACACCCAGGGGAAGGGCCUUCUCUGUGGGGGCUCCCACCCUCUGGAACGAACUCCCCCCAGGACUUCGUCAACUUCCAGACCUCCGAACCUUCCGCCGCGAGCUUAAAACACAUCUAUUCGUUUGCGCAGGACUGGACUAGGUUUUUAAAUGUAGAUUUUAAUGGGUUUUAUUAUAUGUAUUGUUUUUAAUUAUCUGGCUGCAUCUAAUAAGUUUUUUAAUGGAUAUUUUAUUUUUGUAUUUAUAUGUAUUUUAUUUGCCUGUGAACCGCCCUGAGUCCCUAGGGAGAUAGGGCGGUAUACAAAUUUGAAUAAAUAAAUAAAUAAAUAAAUAAAUAAAUAAAUAAAUAAAUAAAUAAAUAAAUUGCAGCACAUUUCACAGGAGCUUGUUAUUUUUUGUGAAAAGUGUAUAGUUGAUAGAAUCAGGAUUCACAAUACGUAUAACAUUUUAAUUUUUAAAAAAGUUAAAAUGAAUGAAUAUAAGUGCUAGGAAAUCAUGUGAUUUGGUUUUUUAAAUUGAUAGAAAUUAGACAUGCUAUAAAUCAAUUUUAAUACAUUAGAUACAAGGAAAACUAAUAUUCUGAAGAUGGCUUUGAUUUUAAAAAUAGUAAAAUCUGCAUAUUUUAUUCAUUAUUUAAUGGGCCUCAAAAUUGGGCAGGUUAAGAAUCUCAGAAUUUAUGCCUACAGGUAGUUCUUAACUUACAACCAUUCAUUUAGUGACUGUUCAAAAUUACAAUGGUGUAAUUUUCACUAAAAGUCAUUUAAAAAUGUGACUUAUAACCAUUUUUCACAUGACCAUUGCAUCAUCCCCAUGGUCACAUGAUCAAAAUUCAGAAGCCUGGCAACUGGUUCAUACUUAUGACAGUUACAGUGUCCUGAAGUCAUAUAAUCACAUUUUGUGAAUUUCUGACAAGCAAAGUCAAUGGGGAAGCCAAAUUUAUUUAACAACCAUGUUACUAAUUUAACAACUGCACUAAUUCACUUAACAGUUGUGGCAAGAAAGAUCAUAACAUGGGGCAAAACUCAUUUAACGAGUGUCUUGUUUAACAACAUAAAUUUUGGGUUCAAUUGUGGUUGUAAGUCAAGGACCAAGUCAAGGUAUUUAGCAGUUUAAGAGCAGUUGAUUUGCAAACUUGUCAAUCUUUCUUUAGUUUGUGCUUGGCUUCAAACCCCAGUUUCUGACAUACAUGUAUUUUGUAACUGAGAUGGCUCAAUAUGUCUUUUUCAUCAACAUAGAUAUGUGAGGGAAGUCAAGGUGGAAUGUGCUUUCGUUAGUAGUGUACAAUAUUAUUUUUCUUUCCUGU